AAUGGCCGCCCAAACAAUGACAAAAACACAGAGCUUAGUUCUCCUCUUAACAGCGUAGAGAAGACCGAACGAAACGAUACAUUAAAACAGUUCCUCAGUGAACUGCUACAUUAAACAACUUCUGUAAAGAGUAGCGACAUGAAUGAUGAAAUCUUUAAUGCGGCUGUGUGAUGGGUGAGGUGCGGUUAGGAAACAUCACCUGAUGUUGAUGAUGCUAACGUGCUAAUGCUAAUGGUGUUCUUUGGAACGAUAUUUAGCUAGGGCUGUCUUGACGCGCGUUUUGUGUCCGAGCAUGGUGACACUACUCACCUUUCGGAGCUCGUUUCAUUACGGCGUGUGCUGCUGACUGCUUUGUGUCGGGGAUACUAGCUUAGCUAGGUGACUUGAACUCGCUCUUCAGUCAUGGCUUGCGGCUCUGAGUCGGGUGGUAAAGAGCCGAGCUCCCAUCAUGGCACUGUCUCUCUCGGUGACGCGGAUCAGACGAUGAAGCCGGCGUUUUUCGAGAUAUUUGGGGAGAUGUGGAACGUGCAGGCCAGGCUCGGACAGGGCGUCUCUGCCUCCGUGUACCGGGUGAGCUCUGGACGGGCCAGUUCGGCCGCCGUGAAGGAGUUUCAGGUGGACGCGCAGGGUGGAGAUUACGGGUAUCACAAGGAGAGAUCGGUGCUGGAAGACAUCCAAGGACACAAGAAUAUCGUGACUCUGUACGGGGUUUUCACCAAUCACAACUGUCUGGGUGCAUCGACACGCUGCUUGCUACUUGAGCUACUGGAUGUGAGUGUGUCAGAGUUGCUGGUUAGGGCUAGUAACCAGGGCCACUCCAUGUGGGUCAUUCAGCACUGUGCUCGGGAUGUCCUGGAGGCUCUGUCCUUCCUGCACCGCGAGGGCUACGUACACGCUGACCUCAAACCUCGCAAUGUCCUGUGGAGCGCUGAUGACGAGUGCUUCAAACUCAUUGAUUUUGGCCUGAGCUACAAAGAAGGCCAUCAGGAUGUGAAAUACAUUCAGACAGAUGGCUACCGGGCCCCCGAAGCGGAGCUGCAGAACUCUCUGGCUCAGGCUGGGCUCGAGGGAGAUGCUGGGUGUACAGUGGCCAUCGAUCUGUGGAGUCUUGGGAUUAUUUUACUGGAGAUGUACUCAGGAAUUAAACUGAAAGAAACUGUUCGAUCUCAGGAAUGGAAGGAUAACAGUUCAGCGAUAAUAGACCAUAUCUUUGCCAGUAAAAUUGUGGUUGGUCCUGCGAUACCAGUCUAUCACCUUAGAGACCUUAUUAAAAGCAUGCUUCACCAUGACCCCAAUAAAAGGAGCACAGCAGAGAAGGCCCUAUGCAGCCCCUUCUUCAGUAUUCCCUUUGCACCUCAUAUAGAAGACUUGGUCAUGCUUCCCACGCCAGUCCUCCGGCUACUUAAUGUCAUUGAUGAUAAUCACCUUCACAAUGAGGAAGAGUAUGAAGACAUUGUAGAGGACAUGAAAGCAGAAUGUCAGAAAUAUGGGGCUGUUGUUUCUUUGUUGAUCCCAAAGGAAAACCCAGGCAAAGGCCAGGUUUUUGUUGAGUAUGCAAGUGCUGGCGACUCCAAAGAAGCACAAAGACUGCUGACAGGGCGCACGUUCGAUGGGAAAUUUGUUGUGGCCACUUUCUACCCAUUGAGUGCCUACAAGAGGGGGUAUUUGUACCAGACUGUGCAGUAAGAUGGCACAAACAAUCAUUCAAGAGCACCAUGCACAUUCUCUAAAUAUGCAAGCCACUGUGCAAGUAUGUCUUUGCUUCUCUGACCUGCACUGUUUCAUUUCUGAUACCAUAAGUGACGGGUUCGAUUCCGUGACAUAUUUAGAACAUAGUCAUUAGUACUAUCAUGUGCACAGAUUUUUUUUCUUUCCUUUGCACUAAGGAAGGUUGUAUUUAUUAUGACACAUAACCUGUACUGUUUGUAGCAAAGGUAUAUAUUGAUAAAAUCCAUGAACUGAAAUCCUUCCAUGCCCUUGAAUGUAUCGUUAGGUUGGAUGCAUCCUGUAUAUAUUAAGGUAUGCUCACUGGAGAUAUCUAUACUUUUAGUAUGGAAAAAGGUUAAAGGAGAAAGUAGCUUAGCUUCCAUGUGUUGCUCCGCUUUGACUGCAAAAACUGAUGGUCAGAUGAGGAUGCUUAUCUGAACGAGUGAAUACUCCGAGUCCUGAGCAUAGGGAGCUGUUGAGUUAUAUGUUGAACUGAAGUUUAAUCUUAGAAAUUAGAGAACACAUUCUGCUUGUACUGCUGACCAAAGUUGCACUGAGUUGAACCCGAAUACAGAACGCUGAGAAACACAGCUAUAGAGCACAACUGAACAGUCACUGUAGCCACUGAAAGAGGUCUGUGGAUAACAGAGCAUUGAAAACACUGAAAACACUUAGGUAUUUGAUAAUUAUAUACAAAAUAGCCAUCAGAAAGAAGGGAUGUAUUAGAUGAGGUACAGAAGUUUUUGUCUAGACCAGGGAAGCCCAGCCUCACCCUUGGAGGCCCACAAGAGCUGAGGGCAUAUGCACUGAGACAUCACAGGUGGGUGGUGCACUUACACUGCACCCCCAGAUCUUUGAGUGUUUUCAAGUUUAACAGCAAACCUUUCUGCCAUACACAGCGCGUUGAUAGCAUUGUGAGUUCCACGCUGAGACUCACAAUGUCCCAAUGCGGGUUUACAAUGAUGAUUAAUGUUAAUUGAUUAGUAUUAAUCGACAAUGUGAAAAGCACUGAUAAUGACAUUGUCCAGUAAUUGCACAUGGGUUUAACAUCACUCAGCUAGCUGUGAUCCUUAAGGUGUGAUUUAUUUAGUGCAAACAUUUUAAAAAUAAUGUUUUUAUGUGAAUAUGAUUGGAAACCUAUAUUCCAGAGGUACCAUUUCUGAGGAAGAUUUUUGGCUUGUUGUGUACGGACUCCAUCAGGGCAUGUAUUUAAGCAGCUGAGCUGAUGCACUUUUAUAAACCUCUGGUACAUAAAAUUGUUUGUAUUUUAGUGUAGUAUGACACAAAUAUUUUAUUAAGGCAAAACCACAGGUGAAAAUUAAUUUCCUGCCUCUUUUCCAAGAGUGUUGAUAAGGAAAAUCUAAACAAAUCUAAUAUGUCUGACUUGAAAGUGGCACAAAAGUUUUGAAACUUUUAAAAAGACAACAGCAUUACCUCUGUUAGUCUGUUGCAGAGCUGCAUUUUUAUUUUACGAUUUAUGGCUUAAUUGUGGAUGUAAAAAAAACUGUCUGACAAGCCCUCCAAUAUGUGCAUUAUUCACAUAGACAAAAACUUAAAUUAGACAUUGGUGAAAACACACUUUGUGGGGAAAACCCUUUAAUGUUGGGAUCUCUUCCAUUUUGAAAGCAAAUCAAAUUGAUAUUUAUGUUCAUGUGAGACUUCCUCAGAAGCUUGUCUUUGGCGGUAUUAGCUGAAGGUUCAGUAGACCUUUGAAAGUGUACGAUAUACUUCCAGCGUAAAAUACAUCUUUGAUAGUGGAGUUAAUUCUGUGACAGGUGUCUGCUAAUCGGGAUAGGCGUACAAUCAGAAUGAUAUGUUAGUUUAUUUAGGUGGGUUGUUCUACUGAAGUUAUUACUAAAUACUCUCAAAACUUGGAAUUUAUUUUUUUUGUUCUGUGUGUCGGUACUUGACAAUACUAAACUGAUAAUUCUGGGUAAAAGUUCUACAGAAGACUGCACAGGACAGCUACUAUAGCACUAUAGCUUUAAAUAUGCGACACGGAAUGCCCUUCAACUGAAGGGAAGCUAGUGGAUGACUGACGGCAGGCCGCACCGACUCUUCGCUGAUGUGUGAGGUGAAGUGGGGGAGAUAUUCAUCUUGAGAGCGGGGAUUUGCAUGAAACAUGUCUUCCUUGCACGGCAAGAUUAAAACACACUGCACUUUGCUGGACUGAUAGCUGCUGACCUCUUCAAGCGAAUGUACUUUGUUAGUGUUGCUCCAUCUCCUGUCCACUUUAAGGUCUGCAGAGUCCUCCCAGAUUCUGCUUCAAAGCUCUGGGUGUACAUCUAUCGCCUGAACGCUGUGUCUAUUCGGUGUGUUGUGGCUUUUGGCUGCUGUGAGCAGUGUGGUGCCUUUAAAAAGUAAAAAAAAAAAAACGGAUUGUUAUACCUCACCAGCUUAAAAACAGGACUACAUAUUACACCACAAAGUUUUGAUAGACUACCAUACUUGUUUUCAAUAGUGAAGUUGUGGUGCUGGAAACUUCUAUGGACUUGCACAAAUCUUAACUGAACACAUAUACAGUACUCAUUUGAACUUUCUAACUCCUAAAUUCAGCAGUCAACAUGACAACGCUGCAGUGAAAUGAGUUGGUGAUCAAUGCAAUCAGCUCAGAAUUAUUGAGCCAAAUAUAUUUUUGUGGUUUAAAAAUGCCAAAAGUCACAUAACCCUACA